AUGUUUCAGAGAAUACGAGGCGCCAUCGACCGGACCAUUGCCGAGGAGCAGGCCCGCCAGCAGAAGAUCACCGAUGGGGGCAGCGCCGCAAGUGUCUCCCGCUCCGGCUCGACGUCUUCCCGCGGCGGCGGCGCGAAGCGACCGGCGCGCGCGAAGAAGCCCUCUACCGACAUUACGAACGCCGAUGCCGCCCCGCCGAAUCCCGACCCGGCCGUGUUCGAGGCGGCGUUUGUGAUUGACGACAGCGACGAGCCCAGCAGGGCGGGCACGCCGAAGCCGCAGGUCCCCGAGAAGGACGGCGUCGCGGUCAAGAACGGGGAGGGCGAGCCCAACUCCAAACCCGACGAUGCGGACGCCUCAAAAGCCGCCGCCGGGGACAGGGCGAAAGGCGACGGCGAGGAUGGCGCAGGACGGGGCACGUCGUCGUCGUCGUCGUCGUCGUCGCAGGACCUGAGCCCCGAGAUCAAGCAGCGCCUGCGCAAGCUGGAGAAGCUCGAGGCCACGUACCCUGAACUAUUGCGAUCCUACCGAGUCGCCCACAAGCGCGCGACCGCCAUCGAGCCCUUCGAGAAGGCCCUCCGCGAGAACACGCCAUUGACGUCCAUUGGCGACCCGGACGCGCUCGUCGAGUACCUCAACCAGCUGAACCUGCGGGGCGACAUGGUCAUGCAAGAGCUGAAGCGCGUCUCUGCUGACAAGGAUGAGCUCAAGAAGAAGCACGACGAGGCCCAAGAUAAGCUCGCCCAGGUCCAGGAGGAGCUCGACAAGGUCAAGGCGGGCAAGUCAGGCGACGACGCCGCCGCAGAGGACACGGACAAGCCCACGGCGGACUCUGCGACGACGGACACCAAGGAGGACAAGGCGCCGGAAAAGGUCAAGUCGCCCGUGGCAUCAGUCAUUGGCAUGUUCUCCCCCAAGCAAAAGGCGCAAGCCGUCGAGGAAAAGACGGACGGCGAGGACUUCUUUUCCUACGACGAAGAGAUUCCCCAGCUGCAGGCCGACGUCGCGGCCAAGACGGACGAGAUUGAGCGGCUCAAGACCGAGGCCGAGGACCUCAAGAAGGAGCUCGCCGCCGUCAAGGAGAAUAGCGCCGGUCUCGUGGCGAACCUUGAGAACGCGACGAGGGAGCUGAGCGAGUCGCGCGAUGCGGCUGCGUCCCGCGACUCGUGGCAGUCGCAGCUGGACGAGCGGACCAAGGAAAUCUCUACCUUGACAGAGAAGCUGGCCAAGGCCGAGGCACAGCUGAAGAAGCUCGAGGAAGAGGCCUCGGAGGACAAGAAGACUCACGCGGCCAAGGUCAAAGAACUCGAAAGCACCUUGGCCACGUCCGACAAGAAGAGGGCCGACCUCGACUCUGAGCUGUCCAAGGCAAACGCAGCCAAGACGGUGUCCAAGAAGCUCAUUGACGACCUCAACACACAGAUUGAGGGGCUCAAGAAGGACAAAUCGGAGGCGCAGGCCAAGAUGGAUGCGCUGUCCAAGAAGCUGGAAACGAAACCGUUGUCUACGCCGGCGGCGAAGCCCCCCGAUGCUGCGCCUGCGCCUGCGUCUACACCGUCGACCGCGGCUACGUCCAAGAAGAAGAAUAAGAAGAAGAAGGGCAAGGGCGGUGCGGGCCCCGCCGCAGCUGUCGCCGAAGAAGCUACGAGCGAGGCGACGGAGCCGGCGGCCGAUGUUGGUGAUGCACUGGGGAGUGCCGCGCUCGAGGCGGAAAUCGCCAAGCUCAAGGACGAGGUCAAGGACAAGGACACCCAGAUCGAGAAGCUAUCGCAGCGACGCAAGACGGAAGAGGACCUCCGCGAGGAGAUUGAGAACCUGCAGGAGAACCUGCUCAACAUUGGCCAGGACCACGUCGAAGCCAAGGACAAGAUCAAGGAGCUCGAGGCGGAGAAGGCGGCGCUGAAGAAGCAGAUUGCCGAGCUGGAAGAGAAGAUGGGCGCCUCGACUACGGAUGCCGCCGCCAGCGCCAAGCUGCAGGCCGACAUGGAUUCGCUACGAAAAGACUACGACGACCUCAAGGACAAGUCGGCUACGCUGCAGUCGGACCUGGGCGCCGCACAGCAACUGGCGCAGACCCGCUUCAAGGACCUCUCGGACCUGCGAGAGGUGCUGCAAAAGGCGCAGCCGGAGCUCAAGACGCUGAGGCAGGAAUCUGCCGAGCUCAAGACGGUCAAAGAGGACCUUGCCGCCAGGGUCAAGGAGCUCAAGGAGAUGGAGAAGAAGGAGAAGGACCUGAAUCGCGAAGCAUCACGGGCGCAGCAGCUCUCGACAGACCGCGAGACGGAAGUCAAGGGCCUGCAAGAGAAGCUCAAGGCGGAGGGCUCCGGCAAGCAGCAGGCAGAGGAGGCGAAGCGCACGGCAGAGCGCAACCUGCGGCGCGCCGAGGCAGACAAGGUGGAGCUGAGCGCAAAGGCGGAAAAGGCGGAGCGAGAGCUGCAAAAGGCGCAAGACGAGGUCAACAAGCUGCGCCCCAAGGUCAAGGAGCUGGAGGAGCAGCUGCACAAGAUGAAGCGGGAGAAGACGGCGGCGCAGGAAGAGGCCGAGUUCAAGGCGCAGCAGUACACCAACGCGCAGAGCCUGCUGGGCAGCAUGCGGGACCAGACGGCGGAGCUGUCGACUCAGCUCAAGGAGGCCAAGUCGCAGGCCGAGUCGCUCGAGGAGGAGCUCGGCGAGGUGCAGCGGCUGCUGCAGGAGCGGACGCGCGAAGGCGAGACGAUGCGGCGGCUCCUGGCCGACGUGGACGAGCGGGCGGACGGCAAGGUGCGGGAGAUGCGGGGGCGGAUGGAGGCGGCCAUCGAGGAGCGGGAGCGCAUCGAGGACGAGUCGAGCACGCUGGCGCGGCGCAAGUCGCGGGAGACGGAGGAGCUCAAGCACCGGAUCCGGGAGCUGGAGCGCGAGGUCAAGACGCUGGGCAACGAGCGCGACGAGCUCGAGGAGCGGCAGCGCGAGUGGAAGCGGCGGCGGGAGGAGCUCGAGGCGGUGGAGAGCAAGGCGGAGGCGGAGACGGAGGAGAUGCGGACGACGGUGUCGCAGCUGCGGUCGGCGCUGGACGCGUCCGAGGGCCAGCUGCGCGACAACGAGAAGCAGCGGGCGGACCUGCGCAAGAUGCUCGACGACUCGCGGCAGCGGUACGAGCGGAUCGCGCGGGACCUCAAGACGGCGCAGGCCAAGAUGCUGUCGAGCAGCACCGUCGGCGGCUCGUCGUCGCGGACGUCGACGGACUCGAACCGCAGCGGCGGCGUCAACGGCGGCAGCGGCGGGAGUGGCGGCGGCGGCGACACCAUGUACCUGAAGACGAUUCUGCUGCAGUUCCUGGAGCAAAAGGACGGACGGCUGCGGGCGCAGCUGGUGCCGGUGCUGGGCAAGCUGCUCAAGUUUGACAAGGCGGACGAGCAGAAAUGGCUCAACGCGGUGCAACACAUUGAAGUGCGAUAG